GUUUUUCUAAACAUUUUUCUAACGAAUUAAAGAUAAUAAAUAUACAUAAUCUCCUUGGGAUUACAUAAAGACUAACUUGGCAAAAUGGUUAAAGCAACUACCAGAGGUGCGACUUCCAAAGCAACGAAAGCUGGAUCAAAGGGAGCAACGAAGGGAACCAAGGAUAACUCCAAGCGAUAUCGUGACAAAAUCAAAAAGGAUCCGAUUAAGUAUCAGGAAUACCGAGCCAGAGAAACCGAGCGAAGUAGGAUUUAUCGCAGCAAACUGAAGGAAGUGGUUAAAAAGAACAAAAAAGUUUUAAAAACAAAGCGAGAAACCGACCGACUUAGACAGCAAAGAUAUCGGGAGAAAAAGAAGGAGGAGCUCGCCAAUCAACGAUCAUUGGAGGAAAUGCUGAAGAAGCUGGAAAAGUCACUCCCAGCCAAGAUGUCCCGAAAGAUUGAAGUGAUCAAGCUAUUGUAUAGCAAAUACGUUGAGCCUGAAGUCAAGGAAUCCUAAAUUCCUUUGAUUGUGGUAAAUUCUGAAAUCUGGAAGAGCUGUCUUUAGACAAAUAUAAAUAUCUACAAGAUUAGGUUAAGUAUACAUUUUUUUAAUUAUUAAAUGGUAUUGCCACAUAUCU